CGCUUAUAACGGGGGCAGGCGCUGUUUUCCGCACUUCUGUAGAAGAAUAAAGGAAGGACAGUUUGCAUUUCUCAGACUGAACUACCUCUGAAAAAAAGCAAAAAUGAGGGAAAUCGUGCAUCUUCAGGCUGGUCAGUGCGGUAACCAGAUCGGAGCCAAGUUCUGGGAGGUUAUUAGCGAUGAGCAUGGUAUCGACCCAACUGGCACAUACCAUGGAGACAGUGAUCUCCAGCUGGACAGGAUCAAUGUCUACUACAACGAGGCAUCCGGUGGCAAAUACGUGCCCCGUGCUGUGCUGGUAGACUUGGAGCCUGGUACCAUGGACUCUGUGAGGUCUGGACCUUUUGGUCAGGUCUUCAGACCAGACAACUUUGUCUUUGGUCAGAGUGGUGCUGGAAACAACUGGGCCAAGGGCCACUACACAGAGGGAGCCGAGCUUGUCGACUCUGUGCUGGAUGUGGUGCGUAAGGAGGCUGAGAGCUGCGACUGCCUGCAGGGCUUCCAGCUCACCCACUCCCUGGGUGGUGGCACUGGCUCAGGUAUGGGCACUCUGCUCAUCAGCAAGAUCCGUGAAGAAUAUCCCGACCGUAUCAUGAACACCUUCAGCGUGGUACCCUCGCCCAAAGUGUCCGACACCGUCGUAGAGCCCUACAACGCCACAUUAUCCGUACACCAGCUGGUCGAAAACACAGACGAGACCUAUUGUAUUGACAACGAAGCUCUGUACGAUAUUUGCUUCCGCACACUGAAGCUCACGACACCCUCAUACGGUGACCUCAACCACCUCGUGUCGGCCACCAUGAGCGGCGUCACCACCUGUCUCCGUUUCCCUGGUCAGCUCAACGCAGAUCUGCGCAAACUGGCCGUCAACAUGGUGCCCUUCCCACGUCUGCACUUCUUCAUGCCCGGUUUCGCCCCACUGACCAGCAGGGGAAGCCAGCAGUACCGCUCACUCACAGUGCCCGAGCUGACACAGCAGAUGUUCGACGCCAAGAACAUGAUGGCCGCCUGCGACCCACGCCACGGCCGCUACCUCACUGUUGCUGCCAUCUUCCGUGGCCGCAUGUCCAUGAAGGAAGUCGACGAGCAGAUGCUCAACGUGCAGAACAAGAACAGCAGCUACUUCGUCGAAUGGAUCCCCAACAACGUCAAGACCGCUGUGUGCGACAUCCCACCACGUGGCCUCAAGAUGGCCGCCACCUUCAUCGGCAACAGCACUGCCAUCCAGGAGCUGUUCAAGCGCAUCUCCGAGCAGUUCACUGCCAUGUUCAGGCGCAAAGCUUUCCUGCACUGGUACACCGGCGAGGGUAUGGAUGAGAUGGAGUUCACCGAAGCCGAGAGCAACAUGAACGACCUGGUGUCCGAGUACCAGCAGUACCAGGACGCCACAGCUGAGGAAGAGGGCGAGUUUGAAGAGGAAGGAGAGGAGGAGCUUGCGUAAAUCUUGCUUGUGUAUAUGUGUAUGUGCCAAGCUGUAAUAUUUUCUGACCUACCUGAAAUGAAAACCUUUCCAGAGUUCAGUUUGUGUUGUUCUGCUGUCCAUUCCUUUUCUGUACAGAAACGUGUCAUUAAAAUUCUCUUUUGUUAAAGUGGUAAA